UGUAUCGAUGACGGGUGUGCACAUCGAAAGCUUGAAUCUACAGUAGCUUGAUUCACUGACAGAACACUUCCGAGGCCAUUACGUGGAACGUGGAUCCUUUUGAUUCCGGAUAACCGUACUGUGAUCAUACUUCAGUAUAGCCAAGAAAAUAAUUAUUUGUCUAGCCUGUUUGUCUCGAUAGGCACUACCAAGCUCAAGCGUUAGUAUGAGAAUGGACCAGCAGGAGCUAGGAUGGAUAGUGCAGUCCAACGGUCGAUUGAAGUCUCUUCAGAACUGCGGCGCAGUCAAAACAUCGACAAGAGGCCAGCACUGCGGAUUGUUGAGAUCGGCAAUGCUGUGUGCCAUGUACAUGUAUGUGUACUUGUUGCUUGCCUUGUCCGCACCUGUCGGCAGCAGUAUAGACGUGGUGAACCCGGCACAGAAUCUUGGCGUGUUGGUGGAGCCCUUCAGUCGCACGCUCAAGGCCCAGGCUGGAAAGGAGGCUAGGCUGGCGUGCAAGGCUUGGUCACGUGAUGGGUAUGACAACAUCACUGUGCAGUGGCUGUUUCGAGACCGACCGCUUAGUCCGACCAAUCCUCCUGCAUCCACCUUCGUCUGGGAUGAACAGCGAAUAGGCCUAUCAGCACGUACGCACCUGACCAUUCAUAGUGUGACAAACGAACAUAGUGGCGAGUAUCAGUGCAAGGUCAGCACAGUCGACGGAACCCGAAAAUGGACAGAGUAUAUGAGAGUCAUAGUCGUGUAUCCUCCUCAAAUCGAUGCAUUCCGCGAGGAUGCCGAAACGGUGAACUUCCUGGUGGCUGAAGGCGACACUUUUCGCAUACCAUGCACUGUUCGUGCCUAUCCCGAUGCUCAGGUGCAGUGGCUGUACAAUGGCAAAACUCUGCCGCAAAAAGAGGGACGCGCCCGUGAAGUGCAUCAGCUUAUUCGCACCGAUCCGCACGCGCCUCAGAAGAGAGUGUCGGAGUCUCUACUGGAAGUGAUGGGCUUCAACCACCGCGACAAUGGCGUCUAUCGUUGCAUCUCAGUCAAUGAGGCUGGUAACGCCACCCGGGCCAUCUAUGCUGUGGUGCAGGAGAAACCAAUCAUCAUAUCAGUUCACAAUGCGAAAGCUGUCAUUGGCCAGAACGUCACACUUGCAGUUUUCCACGUGCAAGGCACUCCACCCAUUACUCUGACGGCUUCAAGGUGGAAUCUGGAGGAUGCUGAAAGCGCACCACCACGCACCAGGGUUCGAUUUUCGCAGGCGGGUCGUCACACGUUCCUGUCUCGCCAGAUUAAGGCCGACGUCCUAUCUGUGCGUUUGGAUCUCAGAAGUGUGCGGCGCAGCGACCAGGGACGCUACCGCUUCGUCGUUCACAACCAUGGCGGAGAGGCCGAACUGUUCGUUCGCCUGCGGGUCUAUCAUGAUAGGGUUAGGCAAUCGGUGUUGCCUGUUGCAAUUGCUGGCAAUGGACGCUAGAUCAAGGCAUGAUGCUACUGUAAAUUGCUUGGAGUAAAGAUGACAAGAGAGCGAUCAUCGAUGUCAACAUCAUGACGUACUUAUGUACUGGUAAUGACUAUGGAAUAAUACGGUGUAUUCUUGUUGAAAUUGUGCAAGUGCCCAUUUUGGCCUUAAACUGUUUGAGAGUCCUCAUCUAUUUCGUUUAUAGUAAUAAUAUUAUUGUUGCAAGUACUGAAUUUUUUGUCUACGAUAUGUGGUUGGCUGUUCAGCAUCAAUAUCGGCAUUAUUACAUUGUUGCAGCUAUGAAGAACACUGAAGGCGCCCAUUUAUUAAAGUUAAUGUAUUAUUCCUUUCUAGAAGCCAUGGCCUAGGCGGUGGUGGAGAUAUCGGCAGUCCACGGUCUUGCAAUGCUCAGUACAUUAUAAGCCGUAUAUCGUUCCCGUUAUGGCCUUUGAAGUUUGUCAUUUUCGUGGUGCAAUGAAAGUAGUAGCUACCUCGAACUGAUGGAUUUUUCUUCUACCUGGAAUGGUUCUUUACAAUCUGUAUCACGAUUUGUGGGUUCGGCAAUAAAAAUAAAGG